AUGGACAACGUAUUCGAAAGGUUAUCCAAGAUGGACACUAAAGCUUCCUCGAGUAUACUUCGCAUCGUUCUCGCAGUUCCAGCUGCCGCACUGCUCUACUUGAGCUACCGCGCAGCAGUGUACCUCAUCAAGCCGUACUUAUCGCCACUACGCAAGCUAAAAGGCCCCAAGUCAGACUCGAUAUUGUUCGGUAACAUGAUUGAUCUUGCCAGGGGAGACGCCUAUGUCCGCCUUCGCGAAUGGCGAGCCGAGUAUGGCAACGUCUUUGUGCUUCACGCACUUUUCGGGGACUGGCGCUGCGUCAUUGCCGAUAACAAGGGUAUUGCGCACCUCCUGGCAAAUCAUAUGAGCUACUACAAACCCGAGUUUGCACGAUUCCAGCUGUCAUACCUCCUAGGGCACGGCCUGGUCUCUGCUGAAGGCCUUGAGCAUCGCCACCAGCGACGUAUUAUGACCCCUGCAUUCAGCGCCAGUCAUUUGCGCAAUAUAUUGCCCACGUUCUUAGACAAAUCUGCUGCGCUUUCCGAAAUGCUACGUAAACAUCUAGAGAAAGCACCGACGACAUCCCCGGACGCCGUGCCCUCGCUUCGCGUCGACAUGAUUACUUACUUAUCAAAGGCAACCAUCGACAUUAUCUCCGUUGCUGGCUUUAACUACGACUUCGAUACGCUUCACCAGAAGCCCGGCGAGCCUGGUACAGAGCUGGCGGGCGCACUUCAUCGGUUCCUGUCUCCUGAAAAGUUUCCCGUCUUUCUCUUCCUCAAAGGCUUUAUCCCUCUGUUUAGGUUAUGGGAGUGGGACGCUCAGGCUCGCGAGGCGCGCAAAGCCAGAGUUACCAUUCGCAGAAUUGGUAAAGGGUUGAUUGAGGAUGGAUUGAAGAGGGUCAAUGAAGAGAAGGCGAGUGGUGGCGGGACAGACUUGAAGCAUACCGUGCACGACAAGGAUUUGCUCUCCCUCAUGAUCAAGUCGAACAUGUCGACCACAGUCCCACCAGAGCAACGUCUCUCCAUUGAACAGAUGAUGAACCAGAUCCCGACUUUCCUCAUUGCAGGUCACGAAACGACGGCCAACUCGACUGCGUGGUGCUUGUACGCGCUUUGUAACAAUCCAACGAUCCAGACGCGCUUGCGUGAGGAACUCCUCCAGGCGUUCCCAGUUGGCGACUCGACUGAAGUUACAGCCGACGCACUCAAUGCGCUUCCAUAUCUUGAAGCAGUAGUCCGUGAGACCCUUCGGUUCCAUCCACCCGUCGAGCUAUCCGCGCGUGUGGCAGAAGGCGACGACGUGAUCCCAUUGGAGAAACCAUUUGUGGACAAGUACGGCAAACUGCGCGAGUGUAUUGAAGUCAAGAAAGGCGAUGCUUUCAUUAUCCCUAUCAUGCUCAUGAACCGCGCAAAGGAUAUCUGGGGAGAAGAUGCGGACGAAUACAAUCCUGACCGCUGGCUGAAUGAGCUACCUGGGAAGACGGCAGGCAUUCCUGGUGUAUGGGCCAAUCUGCUCACGUUCCUCGGGGGACAACGCUCUUGUAUCGGAUUCAAGUUUGCCAUCCUCGAGAUGAAAGCCCUCUUGUUACACCUAUUGCGCAACUUUGAGUUCCAGCUCGCCGUCAAACCAGAAGAUAUUGCCGGCAUGGAAAUGAUUGUGACGCGACCUGUCGUCAAGCAUGAGAAGAAUAAGGGAGCACAGUUGCCAGUAGUCAUCCGCCCUAUAGUCCAUAACCUCUGA